AUGAACUAAAAUUUAAAGCAUCUUCGCUUGUUUCAUAAUAGCUUGAAUCAUAAGAGAAAAUAACAUAUUUUCAAAAUAUUUAAGAAGGAAGAGUAUAAUAGUCCCUUCGAGUUUAAGGAUGAAAAAAAAGAUAAUGAAGUUGAAUAAAAAAUUAAGGAAGCCAAGGAUUAAUUAUAAAGUUAUGGAAUCCAUAAUAUAUAAUCAGCCAAGCAAAUGGAAAGUGAGAAAAAAAAUAUACAAAUGUAAACAAUAUCAGAAGUGCAAUCUCAAUAGGAGGAUUCUAUCAAAGAGUAAAAGGAGGAAAUUUAAAUUGAAUAGGAUUAAGUAUUCUAAGAUGAACAGUAGAAUGAUAAGUAAGCAAAAAGUUAAAAUAAUAUUUCUCCAGAUGUAUAUUCAAGUCAAAAUAGCUCUCUUUAAAUUGAAGAUAAAGUUAAAUCAACAACCUUAGGUGACUUAAAUAAAAAUCGCUUUUAAUAUCAGUAAUAAUCAAUUAAAAAAAGUAUACUUCCUCCAUUUUAGCAGCUGGAUGAUGGAUUUAUUCAUUCUUAUACACUUUAUUCAAAGAAUUUAUAAUUGCACUCUCCUUUUAGAUGGACUCCUUAUAUUUAGCAUUAAGACGUUUCUGAAAGAGAAUUUUAGCUUAAAAUGAAAUAGUUUAAAAAGAAAAAAAUAUUUGAUGUUAAAGACGAAGCUGAAUUAAUUGAUACGUUCUUAUUUUAAGCCUUAAAAAACACCGGAUUUGACUAUUAUUAUGAUUAUAUAUGCUAGCCCUCAAACUCUUGCCCGUUUCAUGGCAGAAUUGAUUUCUUAAUUUAUCAUAGAGAUGCAGAAACCAAAGUUCCAUUAGUUCCAAUAUUACGUGCUCGUAAAGAAAAAAACUCUCUCGGCGAAUGGGAAGAUAAAUUCAAUUAAGCUGAGCUACUAGGAGCUGCAAUAUGGGCUUUAACGAAUAUGAAAGCUAGAGACCCUUAAAUUUCUGUAUGUAGAGCUAUUUAAACCAAUGGAAAUCAAUGGAGAAUGAUAUAAAUUAAUGACAAAGGAGAAUUCGAAAAAACUCAUAUUUACACUCCUGAAAAAGAUGAAUAUUAAAAAAUAUAUAGAGACGAAGAAGCUCAGAGCGUUGCUUUAGGUCUCAUAAAAUUUGCUUUAAACUAACCAGAUGAAAAAGAAAUAGCUCUUAAAAAGGUUUAUGAUUUUGUAGAUGAAAGGAAAUACCUUACUGAGCUUGAUCCUGAGACAAAAAGCAAAUUAGACAGAAUCCACAAAAAUUAUUUCUUCCUUCCUAAAUUUGUUAGAGACUUUUUCUUUGGUUACAAAUGA